AGCAGAGGGCGGAUGUCCUGUGUGUGUUGAUCGAGUUCGUGAGCUGCAGUACAUCAACAGGUGAGAGAGACGGCGCGCGCUCAGAGGAAACGGAGAGGUGCGAAGGCGAGAGGAUGGAAGGUGUUUGCUGAGCCCCGUGCUGCGGAGUCCUCUGCUGUCCCCGCGGUCCUCGAUGAAGAUCCAUGAAGCUCCGCCCGUCAUCGGUGCAUCCUCCCCUCCUCGUCAGGACCAGUCCUCCCCCAUCCUCCCCUCUCCCUGAGGUCACCUCGCAGCCUGAGAGCGUUCACACCAAACCUAAAACUUUGUCCGAGUCAGUCAUUGGACAUUUAAGUUUACUGAGCACGAAGCAUCGGAUCAGUUUUCCUCACUGUGUGAAGGAAGUGCGGCAGAAGAGACAGGAACCCUGGAUCUGCUGCUGAUGUAGAGGUCCGUCCCAGGAAGCUCACAGGUAGACGUUGUCGGCUGAGUGAAACCUCUCGCUGAACGAUCGGAUCGGUGAGGAGCGACGAGGCCUGUCUGUGUCAUGUUUCACUCUCAGCACACCUGAAUCCGUCAGCCGAUCAGCUGACCGAGUCCGGCCCCGCAGCAUUCCUCACCCACAUUCCAAGGAUGUUAUGAGCAGGAUAAGCCGCUCCCGCCCUGCACACUCACCCAAACACGCCGAUGUGAAUCUCGUCAGCCUGUCGGGCUGCGGCACGAUAACGUCUUCCUGUUUAUUCCCGCUGACACGCUGGUCAUCAGGCUGAAGCUCGGGCUGAGAAGGUUCCAGAUGUUCCAGAUGUUUGCUGUCAGCCAGUUGCUGUGUGAACCUGCGCCGCACACCAACUCUGGAAUAAUAAACUGAAGUGAAAGCUUUGAGUGAGAGGCGCUUUCUGUCAGCUGUUCCUGCCCUUGGACCUGGAUGAUGUCACUGAGGAAGGACGAUGGUGUGCGCUACGAGGCACGAGGACGCUCACCUGAAAGUUGGUGGCCAAUCACAGUGAUGUUAGGAGAAGAAUAAAGUAUAAAACUAAGACGACUCAGAGAGAAUCUGAGCGAUCCCUGUGAGGAGCAGGAGGAGGAGCAGCACUUUGUCUCCUGUGAGAGGGAAACUUCAGCCUCUGCUGCCUGAAGCUCUGCUGCAUGGACCCCACCGCGUUUCAUCAACAUGUCCUCUGAUUGGUCCUUCCCUUCAGUCUGAAGAUCUGUCAGCCAAUCAGUUUCUGUCUGGCAGACUUUGCUUCAGUGCGGCGGGGAGAGGAGCGAGCGAGGACGCUGCAGCUGGGUGAGGAUCGGAGCUGAGGGGAUUGCAGUGUUUCGGGGUUAAAGCCGUCUCCAUCAUGGAGGUGCCCAGGAGGCUCUCCUUCCCGCUGGUUCUCCCUAAACCAGCCUCGUCUGCUCGGUCUCCUCUGGGAGCUGCAGGUCAGACAGCUGGAAGCAGCAAAGAUCAAACUGGAGGGGAAAAGUUCAUCUCAGAGGAGGAGACGCCUGAGUCAGGGGUGAUUGUAGUGGUGGAGGCGCCACCUGAAGAUGGAAAAGCUGCUCGGAGAUUCUCCUCUCAGGACAGUUUUUCAGAGGAGAGCUCAUUAUCAGAGGAGAGGCUGGAAGAGGAGGCCAGAGAGGCCCAGAGGAGGGCCGAGGAGGAGGAGGAGGCAGCAGCCAAGGAGAGGGCGGCCCAGAGGCAGCAGCUGGCUAUCCAGGAGCUCGUGGAGUCUGAGAGGAGCUACCUGCGCCUGCUGCAGCUCAGCACCGUGACCAUCAGGAGCAACCUGCAGCAGCAGCUACAGCCGCCUCCAGCAGGCCUGGACAGCAUGUUUCUGCACGUCGAGGAGGUGAUCGACGUAUCGAGCCGUCUCCUGAGCCUGCUGGACCAGAAGCAGCUUCAGCCUGGAGAGCCUGACUUCCUGCAGAGUCUCUGUGACUCGUUUCUCAGCCUGUCAUCAGAGAUUGAAGCCGCCUAUAAGGAGUACCUGGCGCACUACAAUCAUGUGACGGAGGUGGAGAACAGCUACAAACAGAAGGAGGCUCUGUGGAACGAGGUUGUCAGAGUCAUCAAGGCUGCGGCGCCUGACGUCAACGCCACCUCGUUGAGCUUCUUUUUGGUGAUGCCCGUGCAGCGGAUCGCCCGCUACCCCCUGCUGCUGCAGACCAUCCAGAAGCACACCGACGCCUCCCACCCGGCCUACGCCCUGCUGGAGCAGACCGCUCACACCUCUGUCGCCUUAAACUGUCGCAUCAACGAAUACAAGCGCUUCCGGGAAGUCGCUGACAAAUACAGGAAGAUGGAAAUGCUGACCAUCAAGGACAAGAUCGUUCGCCUCAACACCCACAGCAUCGCCAAGAAGACCGCCAGGCUCGGUCAGCAGAUCAAACACGAGGCCGGACUCAAACCUAAGCUGGUGGACGAGGAAUUUGAUGCCCUGGAAGGAUUCUUCUAUGUUUUGGAAAACGGCAUCCUGGAGCUGCUGGAGAACGUGGAGAUGUACCUGCAGCACCUCCAGGGCUUCCUGUCCUGCCGCACGGAGGACUUUGACUUGGACAUGGACGGAGAAAAGGCACCGAUCUGCUACAAGGAGAUCACGACGGCGCUCCGACAGUGGAUCCUCCCGAUGUUUGAGAAGAGGAUGAGGAAGCUGAUCCACCAGCCGCUCUGCGCUCUCCGGGACCUCCUGGUGGGCCCGAGGAACCUAAUCAGGAAGAGACUCGACAAGCUGCUCGACUACGAGGUGAUCGAAGGAAAACCCAACCUGAGCUACGAGGAGCAGGCUGUGGCCAACACGUACAGGACGUUGAACACACUGCUCCUGACGGAGCUCCCUCAGUUUAACGGGCUGGCUCUGCAGAUGAUGUGGAGCACGUUGGGGACGUUCAGCUGUCUGCACAGAGAUCUCGCAGCAGACAUGGAGCAGCUGUUUCACAGCUUCGCUCAGCAGCUCCCUCACAGCAGCCUUUCUCCUGGUGCAUUCUGGGAGUGGGCAGAGUCUUCGGUGCUGGAAGGCGCGAGGAGGCUGCAGCAUUUAUGUCGAAUGCUGGAGGACAAGCUCAACGCGCCGGAUGCCCAGCCUCUCAGCCCGUCCUCUCAGCGCCGUCUGAAGCAGCUAACGCAUAAGCACGGCUCUGGAAAGAUCUUCCAGGUGAUGAGCACGGUCGUGGGCACCCGGGACCUGGACCUGAACUUGACUAAGGGCGAGCUGGUGGCGGUGAUUAGCGAGGCCGACAGCCGUGGAGACAGAAGGAGGUGGCUGGUCGAUGCAGGAGGGAAGCGAGGCUACGCUGCUGCCUCGAAACUCAUUCGCUAUCACCAGCCAACAGACGACCCGCCCCCUUCACCACACCCGAGCCUGGCAGAAGACGUGACCGCACGCAGAAGACACUCCUACAGCCCGGCAGGCAAUGCCCCACUGCCCAUGAGUCAGCCCUGCUUCCAGGUUGUGGGCGCCUACGACUUCACGGCCAGAUCCAAACACGAAGUUUCCUUCCGGGCCGGAGAACCCGUUCGUGUCCUGGAGCCUCACGACAAACGAGGGAGCCCCGAGUGGAGCCUGGUGGAGGUCAGAGGAGGUCAGAGAGGCUACGUGCCCUCCACCUACCUGGCAAUCAUUCCCAUGGGAGCGGGCCUGCCCCCGAACCCUGGCUUCUUCCUUUAGGGGGUGGAAACUGCAGCUGGUGUCGAUGAGAGGAUGGAUGGAAGAGCCUCCCGGGAUCAGCUGUUUACAGUCUCAGUGUUAAUCCUGCCACUUUAUCCUGUUUACGACUGGAAGUGUAAAGUUUCUCCUGUGACGUUUCCUGCUUCCACUUCCUGUGCAGCGUACACAGGAGCGAAGCUUCAGGAGCAGCAAAUGAAGUUUACUGACGGUGAAGCGCUCAUUUCCCAUGAACCUCAGAGUGAUGCUGCAUACAUGCAGGGUGUGAGCUCUCUCAAGCUAACUGUAACGUGUGUGUGUGUGUGUGUGUGUGUGUGUGUGAGAGAACCCUCUUCACCUGCAGCAGAGCUGACGGGUACACGGCACUCUCAUCAUCUCAGACUGAGUAAUGUGAUGUAAAUGUGACACGUCUCCGAGGCCGAGGAAGAACAAGACUCAGGAGGAGGAGGAGCUGGGAGAGGGGUGAAGGACAGCGGCAGUUUCUGCUUUGCCUAUGAGCGGAUUUAAAUUUCGUUGUGCUUUGAAUCCAGAGUUUUACGUAGGAGUGAAAUGGGUCAGGACAGAAUAACCUCCUCCUGCCUUCACCUGACGAUGCUUGUUGCUAUGGAUACGGCUCAGGGAGUGCAGGUCACGUCUGUGGCGUUUGCUCGGCCGGACUAAAGCUGCAGCAGCAUUUCUUGAUUCCCGCACUUUUGGGUCAGAAUCAUUUGAAAGCAUCUCUGAGCCUCCUGAUUGGCUCUCAGGUCAUAGACAGGAAGCUGAGCUCCAGUAGUUUUGCAGAUAACAGCAGCUUGAACGUUUGAGCACCACAGACUCUCUCCUGGCCUCCUCCUGUGGGGCUGAGCAGCCUCAGCUGCUGUGAGGGUGGAGCAGAGGGAGGGAGGCCGGGAGUCAGAGCUGCUCAGCUGUUCCCAUCAGGCUGAAUGUCAGGAGGAGGAGGAGGAGGAGGAGGAUGCUUCUCUCCUAAAAUACCAGAUGUCCUCAGGUUAGUCAGAUAGACUGAAACCUCAGCCUGAGAACAUUUACCUGAUUUCCCCUCCUCAGAGCCCGGUUUAGGAUGAGGGGAGCGGUUCAUUCCUCAGUUAUUUUGGGAAGUUUUAAUCCCACAGACGUGCAGAUGAAGCUGCAGCGUUCCUUAUGUGGAGGAAGUAGAUAUUUGAACCCAUACACACACGGAAACCACAGAGGGAACAUUUCUGGCUUUUUCUGUCUGAUCAGAAACCAGGUCAGCAUCUUCCUCGCAUGCUGUUCUCAUUUUCACCACCAGAAGGAGGCAGAGACUCGGAGCGUGUGUGCAUGAUCAGACUAACUGUGUGUGUGUUUGGUAAUCGCGGCCACAGUGUGUUUUCUGUGUGGUUUCAUGAACCUGCUGCUCAGUUGGUCCUGCUGAGUCAUUCUGAUGUUUCCUCGAUGCUACAGGGCUGCGUGACCUCUGCUGAGCUGCCACAGUUGUGAUGUUGAACUCAGUCACACAGCAGGUGGGAGGCUGAGCAGCAGCAGAGAGUGUGGCUUCAAUAAAACUAAACUCAAAACUUU